AUGCAUAAAGUAAUUGUCAUGCUGUCACGGCCGAUGGCAGCCUCUCUUAGACACAUCUCCUCGAAUAUAUUUUCUCAACUAAUUUUUGGUAUUUCCAUCGGUGCUCUGCUUGGAUGUUUCACCUUAAUUGACUAUGAAACUGAGUUAUCUCAUUUUACUCAGCGACUAAAAACUCAUCAAUCAGAUUAUGCACAUAAUACCAACCGUAAUGUAUCGAUUUUUACGGAUGCUUACGUGAAAUGCGUGAUAUAUAUUCAUCAUACACAAUCCCAUAAGCAUAAAUAUAUACUAUCAUUACGUGAUACUUACACUAAAUAUUGCAAUGAUACUAUUUAUGUGACAAAUUCUGAAAACGUCCGUAAAGAUUUUUCAGAAGAAUUAGAACUUGCAUUUGUACAGACAUCGAAAACUUUAUAUCAUUGGGAAUUAUAUCGAGAAAUUCUGAAGUAUUGCGUGAGGAAAAAACAAGAGCAGCCUUUUUGGAUUGUUGUUGGCAGUGAACAGACUUUUGUUGUAAUGAAAAAUCUGCGCGCAAUGCUCGCUGCACACACUCCUUCGAAAUGUAUUGCAUUUGGACGGAUAUAUAAAAUCAGGAAUUUAUUGUCAUAUGUUUUUCCUUUGAGUUCAUAUACCAGAAUAUUACCUCAGACAGGUAUAGUAUUCUCAAGUAAAGCUCUCGAGCGAUUAGUGGAUACAAGUUGUACUGGACUGUUAUUUCAUCGCAGUACAAGUCGUGCACUGAUACGAUGUAGUGAUUUGAUGAAUGUUGAACUCAUCGAUCCGGUUGACAAAGAAAAACAGCAUUUAUUUGUUCCAGAAGGAUUGAAAGCUUUGAUUCCAAAUGCUUCAACAUUUUCUUCAAAGAUUUCUAAAGGAAGUGCGUGCUGUAGUGAUCACACUGUAUCAUUCGGUGGCGUAAAGUAUUCCGAACAUCGACUUCUGCAAUUCGCUCUCAGUCAAAUUAAAAUGGCUACUUUAUGAGU